AUGAUGCAUACUUACCUGGGGAAAAUACUGCAGAAACCUCAUACUGAGAAAUCAAUGUCAUCAGCAAUCCAGUCCUUCAAUGUUACUAAGCUCACACCCAAGCAGUCAUUAUUCACUGGUGCCCCUAAAAUCCCUUGCGACAAGUGCGUGAAAGCAGAUAAAUGUGCAGCCUAUGGAAAACUUAGCAAGGCUGAACAAGACGCCUGGCAAAUUAAAUACCCUUGCGCAUCUCCAGAUGUCGAGGACUACAGCAAGCUCUUCGGCUAUGCACCCAUUUCUAAAGGAGACUAUGUAUGUUGUUCUAAACUGGCGCAAGGAAUUAAAGUAAGCAGCAGACAUCCAAAUUACAAUUACUACGGCAUUCCAAAUGAUGAUGACGACGACUCAAGCCCGGAAUAUAAUGACGAACCAAAUUCGAGCCCAGAUAGCGAGGAACAUAGAAAUAAACGACAGAACAAUAAUGGCUGGGGAUCUGAUAAUGGAAAUAACAAUGGGUAUCAAAACCCUAAUUAUGGGUACAACCCGCCUAAAAACUACUUCAAUACUAACAAUAAUCCUUAUGUUACAUCGAGUCCAUUUUUCCCCGCACAUGGGCAUGGUAAUGGGGGUAUUAGUACCCAGGGGCAGUGCCCUGUAACAAGCUUUCCUCCGAAGCCUGAAACAGGAUGUUGCGGACGCGAGGCGUCUGACAGCGACAGGAUUAUCGGUAAGCCUAAACCGCCUUCAUAUUACGACAAUGGGCCGAGACGCGGAGGGUCAGGCAAUUCUUACGACAGCCCACGUGGUUGGUCGUCAUGGAUGCCGAAGCAACAUGGCUAUGACAGUCAGCGGAGAGUUCGUCGUUCUGAUACUCCUGAUGUAUCCAUCGGUGAUCGUAUUGCAGGUGGUCGAGAAACUGAAUUGGAGCAGUUCCCUUGGACAGUUUUACUGGAGAUAACAUUUGACUACGGAGACAAGAGACAAGGCUUCAACUGCGGUGGAUCUCUGCUCAGCUCCAAAUAUGUUCUCACUGCUGGACAUUGCGUUUUCGACCAAGGAGGCAAAAUUGUGGAUAUCGACAUCUACCUAGCUGAAUACGACAAGCGUACUUUCCCAAAAGACUGCAAAAACGUUCUAGGCCAAGGUCAGAAAUGUAUAGAAAACGUGGUGAUGAAAGCCGAGCAUGUAGCCCUGCAUCCGCAGUAUGACGACACACAUCUUAACAACGACAUCGCUCUGAUAAGAAUACAGGGGAACGCGCCGUAUACAGACUACAUUCGGCCCAUCUGCCUCCCAACUAUCGAUAUCGAUAGCCCGGACUUCUCUAACCUCCGCCUCGCCGUCGCCGGCUGGGGUCGAAACGGCCGCUACCGAUCCGACGUGAAACAAUCAACAAUCGUCAACCUCGUACCCCAGGCAAAGUGCAAGAAAUUCUACCCGAGCCUAUCAAGGAGGCAAAUGUGUGCGGCGGGUUACACAGGCGAGGACACGUGCAAAGGAGAUUCUGGCGGUCCACUUAUGACUUUGUAUGGCGGGAAGUAUGAAGUAGUGGGUGUUGUGAGUGGCAAGAGGGCGGACUCGCCUUGUGGGACCUCUGUGCCCUCGCUAUACACCAACGUAUAUCACUACAGAGACUGGAUACGAAGCAACAUGCAGAAUUAAUUGUGUAUCAUUGUUGUUUGUAUUUUCGUGCAAUUUUAUUUUGUAUUUACAACUGUUUGUUACCGUAAACUACAUGAAAACAUGUUUCAUGUACUACCAAAUAAAUGAAAUCAAAACAAA